AUGCCCCCAGCGGGACUCGAACCCGCGACCGCUGGCACAGCAAAGUCAGUUCUGCGUGAGUUUUUAGAGAGAAUGAAGUUUCUUUGUCUUUGGGCGGUACUCGCCUUCACAUCCGUGUAUGCGAGGACAGCAACCCGGCAGCAAUCUGUGUCACCACAAAUUACGUCUCUGUCCGAUAAGGAUGCAAGAUCAAAAGCGAAGGUGCAUCCAGCCUUUAAAAAUGCAGGACAAAAUGCCGGACUCGAAAUAUGGCGCAUAAAUAAUUUCGAACCGGAGGUAGUACCUGCCGCAGAUAUAGGCAAGUUCUACAAAGGAGACUCUUACAUCGUUUUAAAGACGACUGCGGAUAAAAAGAAGAAUUUAUCCUGGGAUAUCCACUAUUGGAUAGGAUCAGAAUCAAGUCAGGAUGAAGCUGGAGCCGCUGCUAUACUUACUGUUGGACUAGAUGAUAAGUUCGAUGGGAAAGCCAUCCAGCACAGAGAGAGCAUGGGCUACGAAAGUUCACAAUUUUUGGGUUAUUUCCCCGGAAAAGUUGUUCGCUAUUUGGAUGGUGGUAACGCGUCAGGCUUCAAACAUGUCGAAACCAAUCCUGGUGCUGAAAAACGUCUCUUCCAAGUGAAGGGAAAGAAGAAUAUUCGAGUGAGACAGGUGGAUCCUCUCAUUUCUUCAAUGAACAGAGGAGAUGUUUUCAUUUUAGAUAUAAAUAACGAUAUAUUAGUUUACGUCGGAGAGAAAGCUAAGAAUGUGGAGAAAUUGAAGGCCAUAUCUGUGGCAAAUCAGAUCAGGGACCAAGAUCACAAUGGCAGAGGAAAAGUUGAAAUUAUUGAUCAGUACUCAAGUGACGCCGAUGUUCAAAAGUUCUUUACAAACCUCGGUUCUGGCGCGAAGGAUUUGGUUCCCGAAGAUACUGCUGGUGGAGAUGAUCAGACUUUCGAGAAAAACGAAGAGAAAUCAGUGAUAUUGUCAGAAGUUUCGGAGAGUUCUGGCAAAAUUAAAAUUACUCCAUUAUCUGCACCAUUCAAGCAAGAACAACUCAAACCACAAGAAACCUACAUUUUGGACACCGUGAGCGGCAGCAUUUAUGUAUGGGUCGGAAAGCAGGCAUCACCAAAGGAAAAAUCAGAAGCAAUGGCGAAAGCAGAGCAAUAUUUGGCCUCUAAAAACUAUCCCUCUUGGGUACACGUAGCUAAAAUACCACAAGGCACCGAACCCGCUAUAUUCAAGCAAUACUUCGCUACUUGGAAGGACGUUGGAAUGUCACACUCCCGCCUUGUCAGAUCAAUUGACAACAGUGACCUGCAAGAGUUAGAAGAAGAUACCAAAACUUAUUUAUAUGAAGUUACAAAGAGUUCAAAUGGCAUUCAGUUUAACCUUAUACCAGAUUUUCGACAAGUUGAUUUACAACAAGACCAGUCCUACAUCUUGGAAACAAACACUAAUGUAUUUCUCUGGUAUGGAAAAGAGGUUCCUCGCGAAGAAGUAAAAACUUGGCAACCUAUUGUUAGUUCAUACAUGAAGAGCCGCCCUUUGACAACAUUCGAUAAACGUAGAUCAGUGACCAAACAGGGACUCGAACCUACAGAAUUUCUUAGAGCAUUUGCUAAGUGGGACCCUGAUAUGUGGCUGAAACAAAGUGUGUAUGAAAGAGAAAGAGAAGAAGUUCUGAGAAAUAAUGAGAUAAGAGAUACAAAA